GACGCAAUCCAACAGAUAGCCAUGCGGAUGUUCAGCCUUAAACUAGCUGAAAUCACUUCCACGAGCUCUUUAGAUAAAGCUGCCUUUGAUAGUCUUCAUUAACCCCUCCCAUAUUUGCUCCUCAGCGUCCCCUGGCUUAGGAGCCCCGGACUUUGAAAUCUAACCUAAGCAUUCUCAGAUGGCAAGAGUCUGCCUGCCCCAGUCCCAGCCACUUAGUCAGGCUUGCGGCUCAUCUAACAAACUGGAGCCUGGGAUUCCAAGAAAACGAAACCAAGCAGUUGUUGUGCUCCGAGGUCACCUGGAACACAGAACAACUUCCACCUGCUGUCCGAGUUCCCGAUCCUUUUACUUGCUGUUCGAGAGCCCCAGUGAAAACUUGAGUGAGAUGAGAGAGCCUGGAGCCCACCGGUCUCCUCAACUCCCCUGCACACACACACGUUUAACCUUCCACUUGUAGUGACCUGCCCUCUAGUCUGACUUAUCAGCUGUUUGGCUUUUGUCACUGAAGGAAAACAAAUUGUGGAAUGUCCUGCUCUGCAGGCUCAUGAGAUGGCUGAGCCAACUCAGGGGUUACGAGGCAGUUUGUGGGUGAGGAGAAGAAUGAUCUUCAGUUUCUGACCUCCUGGCACGGUGGCAGGCGGUAUUUAUCAGGAGGUGCAUGUGACUGGUUAAGACUCAGAGCCCCAGCCUGAAGGAAACAGCUGCUCUCAGCGCGCUCCGGCACUUGGCAGCUGGACAGGCAGAGUGCUGAUGUGAAAAAUACCGCGACAAAACCACCCCAGUAAGUUAUCCAAAGUACUUAUCCUUCAGUUUGAACAAACCGUUUCUACAGACUGCUUCUUCCAUGCAUUUCCCAAUGAUGCUAAUUGCCCUUAAAGUUCUUUUGGAUUUGGAACUCUAUCUGUAUGGAAACAACAGAGUUUUCUUGAAGUACAACUAAGGACAGAGUUCACCACUAGGCACUAACGUCACUGAUUCACAUGAUUAUGGAGAUGGUCUAUCUGAUGCUGAAAAUGUCUCUAGUUUUUUGACAACGGUUAAACAACCAUGGGAUCAAGUGGCCUUGGGAAAGCAGCAACAUUAGAUGAACUGCUGCGCACUUGCAUUGAGAUGUUUGAUGACAAUGGAGAGCUGAAUAACAGUUAUUUGCCAAGAAUAGUUCUCCUGAUGCACCGAUGGUAUUUAUCUUCCACUGAAUUGGCAGAAAAACUUCUCUGCAUGUAUCAAAAUGCCACUGGAGAAAGCUGCAGUGAAUUUCGAUUGAAGAUCUGCUACUUCAUGAGGUACUGGAUUCUGAAGUUUCCUGCAGAGUUUAAUUUGGAUCUUGGUUUGGUUCGCAUGACUGAGGAAUUCCGGGAAGUAGCUAGUCAACUAGGAUAUGAAAAACACGUCAGCCUCAUCGACAUAUCCAGCAUUCCUUCCUAUGACUGGAUGAGAAGAGUCACACAGAGGAAAAAAGUAUCCAAGAAGGGAAAAGCCUGUCUGCUGUUUGACCAUCUGGAGCCCAUUGAAUUGGCUGAGCACCUCACUUUUCUGGAGCAUAAAUCUUUUAGAAGGAUCUCAUUCACUGAUUACCAAAGCUAUGUCAUCCACGGCUGCCUGGAGAAUAAUCCAACCUUGGAAAGAUCUAUUGCUUUAUUUAAUGGAAUCUCUAAGUGGGUCCAGUUGAUGGUUCUUAGCAAACCAACCCCCCAGCAAAGGGCAGAUGUUAUCACAAAGUUUAUCAAUGUUGCAAAGAAGCUCCUUCAGCUCAAAAAUUUUAACACCCUGAUGGCAGUGGUGGGAGGCCUCAGUCAUAGUUCCAUUUCACGCCUCAAAGAGACCCAUUCUCAUCUCUCUUCAGAAGUUACAAAGAACUGGAAUGAAAUGACAGAGCUGGUCUCCUCCAACGGCAACUACUGCAAUUACCGCAAGGCCUUUGCUGACUGCGAUGGCUUCAAAAUCCCCAUCCUUGGAGUACACUUGAAAGACUUGAUAGCAGUUCAUGUCAUUUUCCCAGACUGGAUGGAGGAAAACAAAGUGAACAUUGUGAAAAUGCACCAGCUCUCCGUUACCCUGAGUGAACUAGUCUCCUUGCAGAAUGCCUCUCACCACUUAGAACCCAACAUGGAUUUGAUCAACCUGCUCACGCUUUCCCUGGACCUCUAUCACACUGAAGAUGAUAUUUACAAACUGUCACUGGUGCUGGAGCCUAGAAAUUCUAAAUCGCCUACCUCCCCUACGACACCCAACAAGCCUGUGGUGCCCCUGGAGUGGGCACUAGGGGUGAUGCCAAAGCCAGACCCCACAGUCAUCAACAAGCACAUAAGGAAAUUAGUUGAGUCUGUAUUUAGAAACUAUGAUCAUGACCAUGAUGGGUACAUCUCUCAAGAGGACUUUGAAAGUAUAGCUGCCAAUUUCCCCUUCUUGGAUUCCUUCUGUGUGCUGGACAAAGAUCAGGAUGGUCUGAUUAGUAAAGAUGAAAUGAUGGCUUACUUCCUGAGAGCUAAAUCCCAACUACACUGUAAAAUGGGACCAGGAUUCAUCCAUAAUUUUCAGGAGAUGACCUAUCUCAAGCCAACCUUCUGCGAGCACUGUGCAGGAUUUCUCUGGGGCAUAAUCAAGCAAGGAUACAAAUGCAAAGACUGUGGAGCCAAUUGCCACAAACAGUGUAAAGACCUCCUGGUUCUGGCCUGCAGGAGAUUUACCCGGGCGCCCUCCUUGGGAAGUGGGCAUGGGUCACUGCCUGGAAGCCCCUCGCUGCCCCCAGUCCAGGAUGAGGUGUUUGAAUUUCCCGGAGUCACUGCUGGACAUAGGGAUUUAGACAGCAGAGCCAUCACACUGGUUACAGGCUCUUCUCGCAAGAUCUCCGUGAGGCUACAGAGGGCCACCACCAGCCAGGCUACCCAGACUGAACCUGUCUGGUCAGAGGCUGGGUGGGGGGACUCAGGGUCCCACACCUUCCCCAAAAUGAAGUCCAAGUUCCAUGACAAAGCAGCAAAGGACAAAGGCUUUGCCAAAUGGGAAAAUGAGAAGCCCAGGGUGCAUGCUGGUGUGGAUGUUGUAGACCGGGGCACGGAGUUCGAACCUGACCAGGAUGAAGAAGAAGAGACCAGACAGGAUGGUGAGGAUGGCUGACUUCAGGCUGAGGAAACUGAGGAUACCUUGGCUUUCAGAAGGAGCAAGAUGAGAAACUCUGAAGAAAGCUCUGACUCUCAGGAAGUUAUCUGGAAAGACACCUGGAUGUUUACUGUCUUUUAACACUGUAAGAUCUCCAUGUUUAGACUAUGGGACAGAGAACUGACCCUAACUAUGAACUAUUUAUUUCCUCCCUACUCCCAGUGAAGUGCCACAAAGACUGUGUUAUGUAGUCAGUAGUUUUUUCAUGUAUCUUUCUCUAGAGCCAUUUAUAUACGGGUGAAACGAAAGCUUUUUUGCAUGUACUUGAUACUUAUUCUGUAAACUCAGGCUUUGCUUUUUUUGUGAGAAUAUCCUUUCAAUAUUUUUAUAAACAUUUGUGUGUGCUGUGGCAGGGCACAGUUAACAGGGAGUUGAUUUAGAGGUUUUUUUUGUUUGUUUGUUUUUUUGGUGUGCUUUUUGGAUGGCACCAGGACUUAGGAAGCCCUUCAGACACUGGAAUGCAAUGAUGCUUAUGGUCAACUGUAAGGAGAAGCUGUUUACAUUGUUCCUAUCAUACAAUUGCUAUGAUAUGUAACAAGUCACAUAUGUAUAUAUCACAGAAGUCUUACUAAUUCUGUAUCACUAGGAAGCUAUGACAUGGUCAUGACAGCUCUCCUAAUACUUGCCAUGGAAGAAAAUUAACUACUUGUCCCUUCUGAGUGGGUCAAGCCAUCUUUCUUAAGAUUCCUGAAGUAUAAAUAGCAAUUAAGAAAUCAAUUCAAGAUUUGAAGGUUAAAAUUUAGCAGAAAAACAAAGCAUUGAAUAAGCCACUAGGUGAAAUGCAAAACAACCAUCGAUUUUGUAAAACUCAAAGUAAGAAUUUUGAUAAGAAAAAAACACAAGCUUUCAGUUGUGAAAGAGAACCCCUGUGCUCUUCCUGAGAAACUGCCUUCCUCAAUUAAAGAAUAUUCAUAGAAAGAAAAUAAUCAUAAAUUACCUGUAACAUUUCAUUUAAGCUUUUAAAGUAUCGAUCUUUUAAAUAGCUCCCUUUUACUCAAAAUAACUAGUUAUGUGUCUAUUUCUUCCAUUAUUAGAGGACAGAGAACUUGAAUCAAGAUACAAAAAAUAGGCCAGGUGCAGUGGUUCACGCCUGAAAUUGCAAUACUUUGGGAGGCCAAGGAGGGCAGAUCACUUGAGGUCAGGAGUUUGAGACCAGCCUGAAAAACAUGGAGAAACCACAUCUCUACUAAAAAUACAAAAAACUAGUCAGGCAUGGUGGCACAUGCCUGUAAUCCCAGCUACUUGGGAGGCUGAGGUAGGAGAAUCGCUUGAACCUGGGAGGCAGAGGUUGCAGUGAGCCGAGAUUGCACCAUUGCACUCCAGCCUGGGCAACAAGAGUGAAACUCCGUCUCAAAUAGAGAUGAGACUGAGCCUGUGAAUGACAGGAAUGAUCUACCAAAUGACUAGUCAGAAACUACUCCAGAAGGGUGUACUGGUCUACAUUUGGGGCUUAAAUGUAUAUAUAUAUAUUCCAUUUAAAAUGGAAUUUGGCCCGAAUAGGGGCAGUCUUCAGUAAAGGCUUGCUUUCUCCUCUUUUCUCCAUUGAGGACAGUUCUGCUCAGCAAGACUGCUGAGUACCUCUCUGGGCAAGUCCCAUGCUAUAUACACAAAGGUAAGCAAAACUUGGUCUUGGCCCCUCAGAGCUGACAACCCAUGGGCAUUAAGGCAAAGUCGUUCUAGUGAUUUAAAAUAUGGUAGAAACAACUUGUGCCAACCAGAUUUACAGAUUGGAAAUACCGCAGAUGAAAUGAAGUUAUUAGUUGACGGAGCUGUGAUUAAGCUUGCUAAUAAGCGAACAUGCCAUCUGUAAGCACUCAGAGGGCAGCCAAACCUAGAUGUUGAUUUCAUGUAUAUAUCCAAUCUACUACUAUCCAUAAAUGCAAUGAUAUGCAUGUUAACAACAUUAACAACAGAAAACAGCAAUCUAAGUACCAAAAAGCUUUUCUGUGUAUUUAAAAAAAUUGAAGAAAAUCCAGGAAGAAACUUGUUAAUAAACAUUGUACUGUUCUUUUACUUCUCAAAGGCUCCUUGCCACUUAGUUUUGUUAUUUUUGAGUUUUCAUACAUAGGAAGUUUUAUAUUGUCAACCUUCCUGUGACAAAGAUAUUAAAUGUUAACUCGAGUAAAAAAGAAUAAAUAUGUAUCCACAUAUAUAA